AUGUCUCGCAAAAGUGGCCUGGGCGACGACGUGUGGCGGUCGAUCGACAAGAUCAACCUGGAGUUGUUUACACUUACCUACGGGCUGAUCGUGCUGCAGCUAUGCCGGGACUACAACCACAACUAUAGCGAGGUCAACAGCCAGCUCGACAAGAUGGGAUACAACAUCGGCGUGCGGCUUAUCGAGGAGUUUUUGGCGAAAACCGGCGCCCAGCGGUGUGCCAACUUCCGGGAGACGAUGGAGAUGGUGCUGAAAGUCGGGUUCAAGAUGUUUUUGAACAUUGUGCCCCUGGUGGAGCUGUGGCUGCCCGAUGGCAAACUGUGUACCCUUGUGUUGCCGGAGCCGAACCCGCUUACUGAAUUUGUCGACUACCCUAGCCACGACGCUAAGAUCGGUAAAGAAUUGUGGUACUCGCAAAUAUUGUGUGGCGUGCUCCGGGGAGCGCUCCAGAUGGUGCAGAUGGACGUCGACGUCGCCUUCGCCAAGGACACGUUGCGGGGCGACGACCGCACCGAGAUGAAGGUGAAGUUGAAUAAGGUGUUGAAGGAUGAGGUUCCUGCCGGCGAGGACUAA